AACCGUAAAUGCAUGUUAUAGAAUCAAAUAAAACGUUAGCUUUAACCUUUGUUGUGAACUCUUUCGUCGUCCCUACCAAUGCCAAAGCGCAGCUCCUUCUUCUUCUAUUGGCUAGCGCAUGCAAUGCUUCCACGAUAUCCGCAUCAUCAUCAUCAUCAAUUCAAAGACGAUUGCUUCGUCAUGACAUUCACGAUCCACGUGCAGGGCAGCUAUAGCAGCGUGUCCUGGAGGCAAUCCAUGCGCUCGUCAUAAUAGCUAUGGGCUGGCAGCGUGGAAAAGAGAAAAUGCAUCGUGGUUUGACCACGCUCGGCAAGAUGACAUGUACACGGCAAAGGUCUCCGCGCUGUACUUUGGAUCACGUUCCACGUUCAAAGUUGCUUUCUUACGUCCUCGGUCCUCUCAAACAAGAAGAGCACAACGGCGAAAUCACAACAUACACAGCGAUUGAAUCGACUCGACUCGCUUUGAUACCUGGUAUUCCUUGAUCAUUUUGAAGAGCCAUGCCGCGUUUGGACAUUCAAUACGAACACGAUGUGGGAUACGAAAGGGAGUUUGUGUACUUGGAUGACCUCCAGGGCCUUUCGCCACUUCACAGCUUGGUGGUCACAGGAGCACCUUUGGCGAUGGUUCGCCUAGUCUACCAAGCAGAUCCAGCAGCCAUGACAGAUGAUAUCUUCCUGGAUGCAUGCUAUCAGAGUCCGAGCAAGGAUGUCGUUGAGUUUCUCAAGGGCCAUGUAGUGGAUCCCAGCGUACUUGAACCUAAAUCGAUUGCUGAGAUCAUGAGGGACACACUUGAAGAACGACAAUUAACACAGUUUGAGACUCUCUUUGUCUUGUUUCCAGAAGCCCUAAUGUAUUCCGAGAAUCCUGAAAAGAUCAGCAGCUCCUUUACAGAGGCAUUUACAGUUCAAGCCCGUACAGGUGAUAUCGGCUAUGUUUUUCUAAGCAAAAUGAUACAAUAUCUCCCACUUUCUUCCAAACGAAUUCAUGUCUCUCUCGAAUGGGACACUAAUUAUUCAGAGACCGAAGAAGCCAGGUCUGCAUUGGCAUCAAAGGUGCGGGACAUGACAAACCUGAACUUUUUGACAUUGGCAAUCAACGUGGGAGACGAUAUCGAUUGUAACAUGGUCAAAGCAAUCUCCUACCAAAUUGCAUCUGGUCCGUUGCAGUCGCUCGAAAUCGACUCCUGGGAUUCUGAGACAUGUGCAGAAAACGGGCUCUUUCUGCCACUUUUGGAUGCUUUAGCUGGAGCUGGCGAUGCCUCCAAGCUGAAAGAGUUCAAGCUCCACAUAACUUCCAGUACCGAUACUGGUAGGGACUAUGCAAAAACAUACCAAGACCGCAUGAUUGAUAUUUUGCAGUGGAAUACGACUCUAACAAAUGUCAACAUGGUGAGGUACCAUGACAUCAUUGGCUACCACACAACACUCAACCGCUAUGGUAGGCAUUUGUUGCGAGAUACAGAGAAGUCGCUGGACACGGCCCAACUAUUGACAUCGGUGAUUGCAGGAGUAUUUACUCCUCAAGGAGUCCAUUGGACACAACAAGUGCCAGUGCUCUAUGGGCUCUUGCGGGAAGCGCCUGACAAAUGGAGUUCCCCUCGAACAGGAAAAAGCAACAAUGCUGCCAAGGAGAAGAAAUUGAGUCUCAAACGCAAAGCCUCAAGUUCUCUUGACCGAAGUUCUUUCAAAGGCUAGUUCCUUUAUUGUUUUCUAUUGGCUCCAUCAUGAUUUGACCCCAGAUCGAGAUCAAUUUACAAUAACCUCUGCAGAGCUCCACAGGCAGGCAGCUACUGCCAGUAGUACUUUCACAAAAGGCUGAUACCCAUCAAAACUAUCUAUUCCAAGUAAUCUAUCUAUAGCCACCUAAAUGAUUCAAUG